AUGGGUGUGGUGAAGUCGUGGUUGUUAUCGAUGAACCACACUCACCCUAACACCAAACACGCCUUCUGUUCGAGAUCCAUCCCUUGGUCCCUCAUUUGCGGCUUCAUGCUUUUCGGUUUGGGUUUAAUUUCCCUUUUAACAGGUCACCUUGUUUCUCACGUUGAAUGGUACUCUCAACGAUUUGUUCACCGCUCUUUCUUUUCUUCAUUGGAUGGAAAUGAUCAUGCGCCAAUUGAUAUUUGGGAAUCACAAUAUUCUAAAUACUACUAUGGAUGUAAAGAAAGGGGACGCAAUUUUUCGCCGGCUAUAAUUGAGCGCAUGUCAAAUGGCUACUUGCUUAUUGCAGCAAGCGGAGGACUGAACCAACAAAGAACUGGGAUAACUGAUGCUGUUGUCGUUGCACGAAUUCUUAAUGCUACACUUGUUGUACCUGAAUUAGAUCAUAAUUCCUUUUGGAAAGAUGACAGUGACUUUGCCAAUAUUUUCGAUGUUAAUUGGUUCAUUACUUAUCUUGCAAAAGAUGUUACUAUUGUUAAAAGAGUUCCUGAUAAGAUCAUGCGGUCAAUGGAGAAACCGCCAUAUACAAUGCGCGUCCCUAGGAAAUCAGAUCCUGAAUAUUAUCUUGACCAAGCUUUGCCAAUACUCUUGAGACGACGGGUUCUUCAAUUGACAAAGUUUGACUAUAGACUUGCCAAUGACCUCGAUGAUGAGCUACAAAAACUUCGUUGCCGUGUUAAUUAUCAUGCUUUGAGAUUUACAAAGCCUAUACGGAAACUUGGUCAAAAAAUUGUAAUGAGCAUGCAAAAGAUGGCAAACCGUUACAUAGCAGUUCAUUUGAGGUUUGAGCCAGAUAUGCUGGCAUUUUCAGGUUGUUAUUUUGGUGGGGGUGAAAAAGAAAAACAAGAGCUUGGUGAAAUCAGAAAAAGAUGGACAACACUGCCUGACUUGAGCCCUGAUGGAGAGCGAAAGCGUGGGAAAUGUCCUCUUACUCCACACGAAGUGGGUUUGAUGCUGCGAGCACUUGGUUUUACAAAUGACACAUACUUAUAUGUUGCGUCUGGGGAAAUAUAUGGUGGGGAUGAAACCAUGCAGCCUCUUAAAGAACUUUUCCCGAAUAUCUAUACAAAGGAGAUGCUCGUUGGGGAAGAGCUGAAACCUUUUCUUUCAUUCGCUUCCCGCCUUGCUGCUAUCGAUUACAUUGUUUGUGAUGAAAGUAAUGUAUUUGUUGCUAACAACAAUGGAAACAUGGCCAAGAUUCUUGCUGGUCAAAGGCGAUACAUGGGUCACAAAAGAACCAUUAGACCAAAUGCAAAGAAGCUUAGCGCGUUGCUCAUGUCAAGGCAUGAGAUGAACUGGGAUACAUUUUCUGAAAAGGUGAAGGCAUGUCAGAGAGGAUUCAUGGGAGAGCCAGAUGAGAUGAAACCUGGACGAGAGUUUCAUGAAUAUCCAAGCGCCUGUGUCUGUGAGAAACCGUUUAUAGAUAAACUGAGUGAAGAUGGAAUUCACCCGCCCAAACUCGCGUUGAGAAAUAUGACAACGGGAACUGACUCUGAAAUAAAUAGUGGAAAUGAAGAAAAUUUUGAACUACCAAAGCCAAGUGAGAGAACAUGA